CUACUUUUAGACUGUCGAAAUUACAGCUUUCAAAAUUUUCUAAAAUUCUAAAAAAAAAGAAAAAAAAUCUUCACCAUGAACAGACCUCCGGCGAACAAAAAGGAUCACGUAGUGUUGGUCGCUCUUACAGAUUCCAGGAGACGUGCUUACUUGGAUGAUCAAAGUCUGGAGAGUGACAUCAGGAUCUUGGACCACAAGUCAAUGCUGUUGAGGAUGCCGAAGAACACAACUAAGCCUGCUAACUCGAUGGAGCCUCCUCGUUACUACCGCCACUUGGAGUUCGACGGUAUUGGUUAUGAAUUUGAUAGCCAUAUUAGGACAGAGUUGGGCGAUAUGCUAGGUCAGAUGUUUCGUCACCGUCGCAAUGGAAGUCUUCUGCGGAUCUCAUCCCAAAGAAACCAUAAUCCCAGCCUCUUGACACGUCUCUUGGUCACUGAAGUCGACUCACUGAUGGUCGAGAUGCGCUGCCGCCUAAAAGCAAUUAAUGUGGACUACUUCGAUGUCCGGAAGUUCGACAUGGUCAACAUGCUGGUGCAACCCAAGGGCGUUCCCAAGCGGCGAAGGGAUUCGCCUAGCGGAAAAAGUGUCUCCAGCACCAAGGAACUGCACCAGUGGCUAACUAAUGAUCUAGCCCUGUUAAGAGGCCGUGGGAUCGGUGAUGACUAUUUGCACUUCGAGAUUGUGUACCGGGAUAGCCUGGUCUUGGAGCACCGGAUUCAUCUUUCGGUGUUUCACAUCUUCGGCAGCGAGAACAGACCAGAUUUGGUGGAGUUCUUUACGAGCUUGCCCCGAGGCAGGCAAAAUGGUAGCACCCUGAUGAACGAUUGCUUGAGGGAGUCCUUUGACUUCAAGAGUCCUACUCCUGUAGUGGUUUUGUUUGAGCUGCCCAUAGGUCCUGACUUGAAGGAUUCCAGGCGCAAGAUCCUAAGGAUGGCCGAUGUGGCAUUCGGAUGUCUCGAUAAAGCUCGAAAAAUGAUGUCCAAGUCCAAGCCCGCUUUCCAAAGUUCUACUAACUUAAGUAAAAUAAGCAGGUCAUCCGGAGCCCACAGCUUCCUGAGAUCUGUGCCCGAUAUUUCCUUGGCCCAUUUGCGUCGUACGGCCAAGUUCUCAGAUGAGGACUACAAUGGUCUGGCCUGUUGGUACGGGCGCAUAGACUCCAAGUUCGCAGAGCUGAAACUGGCCAUGGAGCAGCACUUUGUGGAUCUGUACAAGCGGAAAAGCUUAGAUCUGCGAAGCGAAAUCAGAUCAAUGAAUCAAGAUCCGAGCGAGGAGAACGACGAAAGUGGUGGCGAUGGCGUGAGACCGCAAAGGCCGCCCAGAGACCUUAAUUCCUCCAGUAGAAUAUACUCCAUGCUGAAGACGGAUUUCAAGAAACUCGAAGCUGAAGCGGAGACCACCACAUACGCACCAACUCUUAAGGUGUACAUCCGGACCAAGAACUAUGAGCUUUCGGAAGCGGAAAAGGUCCUCAAGCAGAGGGAGAUGGAGAAUCUGAGACUCGGCUUGAUCCAGUAUAUCAGUGCUUCGGAGCCGAGCAUUUCCGGGGACUAGAAGUUUGACUAAAUAAUCAUCCAGCACUUGUGAUGUCUAGUGAAACUCCUUUUCCCAAGUGAACAAAUAAAUGCAGUCCAUUU